UCCGAGCGGGACUUCCCGGUGUCCAAACAUUUCAAUUCCGAUUCCCAUUCCCGUUCCGACGUGUCAUCCCAUCCCUUGCCAAGAUGAGGCCACCCUCAGGGUGCGGGAUCAGCAACUUGUAUUCCGUCUGGGUGCCCCCACCCACCCUGAUGGCAUGAAUAUCGAUUUCCCCUUCCGGUGAACAAAUUUACCUCAUACCCCUCCGUCCCACUCCCUCUCAUCCCCUCUGUCUUUGUACGUCCUCUCACCUGCUUAUCACUUCACUCUGGGUCCACUGCUCCAUCCCUUUCUCAAUAUAUUGAAGUGUACCUGUGAGUGUCGAUACACAAAAUAUCCUCACACGUCUGGUGUUACAUGGUUCGACCUUUAUACAUCCUGUUUAGUGUUUAAAUAUAUAAAAAGUUAAAGAAGCUAGAAUCUUUACAUAAAUUAUUAUCGCAACUAUACUAAUAGAAAAUAUUGUAUUUUGGAAGUGACAAAUGUUAAUGGGAGGAGAGCAACCAUUUGGGAGUUAGACCUGUGGUGAGAGAUUUAUUGGAAGAAAAACACCAACUGGAGGCAAACCACGACUGAAGACGAGGGAACAGCAACAAGUGUACCAGCCCGAGGACUGAGAGCACCGACUGGAGAGAAACCAAUCUGACUCGGAGAUUCCAGUGAUUCAGUCAGGAGAACGUUUGGUUAAAAUCGACCAGGAAUUUGUCUAUGGGAAUUCAAACACAACACACCAGUUGUGCUGUCUCUGUCUAGAUAUUUAAGGAGCAAGAGAUUCAAUCAGCCAUCCUUCCUGCGCAGACUUUGCGGAGGGAUUCACUCGGUCAUCUGAUCAAUUGACACGUCCAUCAUUUUACACAGGGGAGAGAUCAUUCACCUGCUCAGACUGUGGGAAUGGAUUCACUCGGUAAUCUCAACUGAAGCUACACACUGGGGAAGUCCAUUCAUCUAUUCUGUGAGUGGGAAGGGGUUCAGUCGGUCUUCUCACCUGUGGACACACCAGUCAGUUCACACGGGGCAGAGGCUGGUCAUCUGCUGAAUUUGUGAGGAAGGAUUCACUCGGUCAUCUGACUUCAUGGCUCACCAGCGAGUUCACACUGAGGAGAGGCCUUUCACCUGCUCGGACUGUGGGAAGGGAUUCACUUGCUCAUCUAAACUGAAGGCACACCAGCGAGUACACACAGGGGUGUGGCCGUUCACCUGCUCAGAAUGUGGGAAGGGAUUCAGUCAGUCAUCUGAUCUACAAAAACACCAGCGAGUUCACACUGGGGAGAGGCCAUUCACCUGCUCAGAUUGUGGGAAAGCAUUCAGUCAUUCAUCCACCCUACAGAGACACCAGCGAGUUCACACUGAGGAGAAGCCAUUCACCUGCUCAGAAUGUGGGAGGGGAUUCACUCAGUCAUCUGAUCUACAAAACCACCAGCGAGUUCACACUGGGGAGCGGCCAUUCACCUGCUCAGUCUGUGGGAAGGGAUUCACACAGUCGUCCAAACUAUUGGCACACCAGUCAGUUCACACUGGGGAGCGGCCGUUCACCUGCUCAGACUGUGGGAAGGGAUUCACGCUGUCAUCUAAUCUACUGAGACACCAGCGAGUUCACACUGGGUAAAGGCCUGCUCAGUCUUUGGGAAGAGAUUCUCUCGGCCAUCUCCACCAAAUGUGCAUCAUUGUCAAGUCAAAUUUGAGUUUCAGGAAGGUAUCAAGGAAGAGCAAGAAUUCACUGGCAGAGAGGACGGAACCUACUGCCUGAGGGCGGUUUCUGCCCAGAACAUUUGGGCGGACCCCGCAGCGUCACAGUGGCAGUCCGAGAGCAGCGUCACAACCCGCGGUAAGAUGCCGAACUUUAAAUAACUGUUGAGAAUGUUUCAGGGAAAGGAACACUGCUGUCACUGCGUUUGGGUUAACUCCGCCAUCGGGAUCAUCGCAUGCAGGCACUUCUUGAAAAUGGCGCAAGGCUUAAGAAGUGCUUGCGAACCUUCGAGAGAGUUCACCCAGUUUGGAACCAUAACGGUCCAGUAGAGAAACGGAGGUGCACGUCCAAAAUUGUCUCCGAAGUCCGAGAGGCAGCCAGUUUUUCACCUAAUCCUAAUGCUAAUGCUACUGCCACUGCCUUAUGACUAACCUUGACUAGACUAAUGACUGACAUGACUGAUUAUUUAUGACUACUGACUAAUAACUAAGAACUAUGAAAUGCCACACUUGUGAAAAUAAAAAUAAAAAAUGGAAAAGAAGGAAAGUUGUUUGGUCAUUGAAUGGAAUCCGGUUAAAACCUUCGGGUAUUCAGUCCCGUUCGAGUGUGGAAGCUGCACAUGUGCAAAGGGAGCAGUGAAAAUACUGCUAGACAAAACUGUUUGACUCGGAAACUGGAGGACCAGGAAACAGAAAUCUGUGAGCUUUGAGCUGGAACAGCAAGAGCAAUAAACUGUAGUCCUGAAAAAGGAAGGAAGGAGAAAGGAGGAUGCUGAAAUACUAACACCAACGGCGUUGGGCUUUUCCUCCAAUUUUCCCACGCCAGCCAUCAGACUG